AUGGCAAAGAGCAGAAUCCUCAUUGUUGGCACUGGUGGCAUCGGUACCAUGUCCGCCUAUGCCUUGGAGCAAGGUGGUCUAGCCGAAGUGACUGCAGUCAUGCGAUCAAACUACGAUGCUGCCAUACAGAAUGGCAUUGAAAUUGACUCUGUCCUUUGGGGCCAGAUCAAGGGCUGGAGGCCAACAGCGAUCUCCAAAGUCGUGCCUGAUGUAUCCAAGCCCGAUACUGCGCCUUUCGACUACAUCCUGGUUACCACCAAAAAUAUUCCAGAUGUCUCUCCCACAGUAGCCGAGAUCAUUGCCCCAGCCGUUACCCCCGGGAAAACUGCCAUUGUCCUCUCGCAGAAUGGCAUCAAUAUCGAGAAACCUCUCAUUGCCUAUUUCCCUACAAACCCUCUGAUUAGCAGUGUUGCUUAUACGGGCGCGACAGAGACUGCUUUGGCCAAGGUCUACAACGACGAUCCAGAUUGCCAAAAGAUUGGCGCAUUCACUAACCCUCAAGUACCUCAAGAUGUUGCCGAUGCUGCUGCAAAACACUACGUCUCGAUUUACAACCCUACCGGAAAGAUGGAUGUCGUCUACGACUCCAAUGUUUCCAAGGUCCGUUGGCGAAAGAUUGCCUACAAUGGAACCUUCAACCCUGUCUCUUCUAUACUCAAGAUGGAUACUCCCCGGAUGCGCAUGAGCAAGGACAUCAUCGAUGACUUGAUCGCACCGCUUGUAGAGGAGAUUCGUGCAAUAGCCGAGGCUGAUGGCGUCGUCCUGCCAGACAAUGUCCUCGAGGCGAUUCUGCACCAGGAUCCCAACGAUACUGCAUUCAAGCCUAGCAUGUGUCAAGAUUGUGAGAAGGGAAACCUCAUGGAAAUCGAGAACCUUGUUGGUGAACCACUGCGAGAGGCCGAUAGGCUCGGCGUACCUGCACCAGCACUACGCGUUGUCUAUGGCAUCAUGAAGGGCCUGCAGUUGAAGGCCAAGGAAAGCAAGGGUCUCUGGAAAGCAGAGUUUGCAGCCGGAAAUCCAUAUGAGUAA